GUCCAUCAUGUUGGGCUCUGGGUUCAAGGCUGAGCGCUUGCGAGUCAACCUGCGCCUCGUCAUCAAUCGCCUCAAACUGUUGGAGAAAAAGAAGACUGAGCUGGCCCAGAAGGCAAGGAAGGAGAUUGCAGAUUACCUGGCAGCCGGGAAGGAUGAGCGUGCCAGGAUUCGUGUGGAGCACAUCAUCCGUGAAGAUUACCUGGUGGAGGCCAUGGAGAUCCUGGAGCUGUACUGUGACCUGCUGCUAGCCCGCUUUGGCUUGAUUCAGUCCAUGAAGGAGCUGGACUCUGGCCUGGCAGAAGCGGUGUCUACGCUCAUUUGGGCUGCGCCACGACUCCAGUCGGAAGUGGCCGAGUUGAAGAUU